GCAGACGGGACUUAAGCACCAUUGGCUCUGAGCUGAGGCAGUGGGAGGAGACUUUGACAAUGAAUGUGCUGAGGACACAUGUUUACAAUGAUGGGGAAGAGAGGAAGAAUGGAGCUGCACAGGAUCACUAAACACUAUGGUGCCUCCUUUGAACAGACUGACAGUCAAGGGAGCUAACGAAAGCCAACACAGAAGGACAACAAGGGGGCACGUUGACCUGCAGUGUGAUAGGAGAUAUUAAAUGAAACCGUUGAUAACAUUUGUUCCUGACUGAUCUCUACUAAGUACAAUACAUUCUCUCCGACAAACUGAGAUUAAAAAGGGACAAAGUCAUCACAGGAACUAACAAGACAAACUCAAGUUCACUUCUCAGGGAUGAACAGUGCUCAGCUGCUCAAAACGUCUCCAGAAGAGUCCGUGUUUGGUGCCCAGUCUUCACACAGGAUGGCGUCCACCGUUUCUGCUGUACCCCGUGGUGUCUUCAGCCCCUCACCUCCACCUCCAGCCGUCUGGCCUCCUCUAGAUUUUGCCCUGGGUGCUCUUGCCUGCUGUGCAGCCUGUGUGUUCACCAAUCCCCUGGAGGUUGUAAAGACCCGUCUGCAGCUCCAAGGAGAGCUGUGUGCACGCGGGUCCUACCAGAGACACUAUCGCGGAGUCCUGCAGGCCCUCUGGGUAGUGGGUCGCACAGACGGGCUCCGGGGCUUGCAGAAGGGACUCUCAGUCGGGCUGAUUUACCAGGGUGUGAUGAACGGCGUGAGGCUGGGGUCCUACUCCUACUGUGAAGCUCUGGGUAUCACUUCGUUCCACGGGGGGAGUCUGCUGUCAGGGGCAGGGGCCGGGGCGGUGGGUGCCUUCAUUGCCUCUCCUGCCUACCUGGUGAAGACCCAUCUGCAGGCUCAGACUGUGGAAGCCAUAGCAGUAGGCCACCAGCAUAACCAUCUGGGAGUCUCCGAUGCUUUUGUUACCAUCUACAGAAGAGAAGGUCUAAUUGGCCUUUGGAGGGGUGUAAACGGGGCCGUGCCUCGAGUCAUGGUUGGCUCAGCUGCUCAACUGGCAACCUUCACCUCUGCCAAGGACUGGGUGUCACAUUCUCAGUGGUUUAGUCCAAACAGCUGUCUCACGGCCUUGAUAGCUGCCAUGAUCAGUGGAGUCGCUGUGGCAGUCACCAUGACGCCAUUUGACGUCAUCAGUACACGUCUCUACAACCAGCCUGUGGAUGAGUCCCACAGGGGCCGUCUGUAUCAUGGAUUUUCAGAUUGUAUGCUGAAGGUGUGCCAAGCUGAGGGCCUGCUGGGGUUGUAUAAAGGCAUGGGUCCUGUCUUUCUGCGUUUAGCUCCACACACGGUGCUCAGCAUGCUGUUCUGGGAUUUGAUGAGACAACAGACAGUGAAGAGCAACCAAAGCCAGGGAAGGAGCUAAAACACCCCAAACGCCUCAGUAUGAUUGACUGCAUUUCAUUAUAGCUACAGAAGUGGACCAUCAACUAACAAAACACUGAAGUUAAAGCACAAGUUCAACAUUUUGGUAAAUGGGCUUGUUCACCUUCUUUCAUUUACCAUACAGAUAUGAAGGUGGUGUUGAUCUUCUAUCGAACUCUCUGCCAGAAAGCGAAUAAGCUGAUUUCCCAAAAUGUCAAACAAUUCAUCGAAGUGAGACUCGUUCUGACUCCGGAUGCACUCGAGUACUUGAUAAAAAUGGACACAUCUUGCACAGACUCUUAAGAUUUUCUCAGAUUUAGAGUUGCUGAUAAACUAUCAGGUUUUUACCUUAAUACCUCAGUUGAUGAAUUUACAUGCAAAGUCUCUGUUCGCAGUGAACCUGAAAUAAGUAUAAAUAAGAGUUGUGAAACGACGGAGCGGCUAUAAUACUCUGGACAGCUUUGGAUUAUUAAACAUGAGCUCUGUAUUGUUUGUCACAGUUUAAUGGAUAACUCUAGCUGCCUUGUGUGUGUUUUAUGUAAAAACAUCUGAUGUUUUUAUUGACUGAUAUGAACUACUGGUACCCAACGUCAAGAAUGCCAUUUGAUUUACAGAAAUGUAACUUACGGGUAAUUCAAGCUUUUGAACAGCGGUUGAUGACAAUAAUAAUCAUGAUAAUGUUAGUUAUGAUAACAAUAAUAAUAAUAAAGACAUUU